UUUGUUGUCUUUGGCUCCUAGCCCAGCUGUUGUAACAAUAUACAUAUUUCAGCCUUUUACUUUCUUUAUCCAUUUUCUCUCUCUAAAACUCUGAAUCUUACAGAAUUCUGGGUGUUUCUUGAAGCUGCUAAUGAAGCCAAGGCCCAAGACAGUGCGCCGCACGUUUUCAUUUUUUUUUUUCCCUCAAUUUUUCAACCCUUCCCUUUGAACAAAGCCGUUUCAGUUUUGAAGUUGGAAAUUUUCUUUGUUUGCUUGUUUGUUAAAUUGCUUAACUCCCACCAAAAGCCUGGAGUCCCUGGACCUACCACCCCUUCUUCUUCUUCUUAUUUUUCUUAUUUUUCUCUUUAUAAUACUCUUUAUUCUCCUUGGCCAACUUGAUCAGCUAUCGUUUGGGGUGAUCAGGAAUGGAGUCCCAUACACAAUCGGAAUCAGAAACCCACUUGCUUUGAUUCAUCAUUUUCUUCUCUCAGUAGAUAGACAACAUCAAGAGUUAGCAAUGUCGCACGGAAUUCGCCAGCCUCAACCAAUAUUCAUUCCUCGCAAGUCUGAUGGAUGUGAGGCAACCAAGAGAUAUGAUUCACCUAAGAAUCAGAAAAGGAUGGCAGAUUGGAUGAUAAGCAGUUCAUGUGGAUGGGCCGGAAAUUUGAUGUUCAUGGUUGAGCUCCGGAAGAAGACCCUGCGCUUUAGAGACAUUAUUGACCUUCCCCCUUGCAAUGGAUCUGGUCCCAUCAAGGAGUUGUUGAUGAAAACUGCCAACGACCUCCAUAAACUUUACCCCAAAGUUGUAGCUAGCAUUCCAAUGUCAGAUGUGGAUGCCACAACUGUACAACAGGGAUUAGUCUUCUUCUACAAUGCUCUCAAUUCUGUUGGAGAUUCAUGGACUGAGAAUCACAAGUGGUUGACCAAAUUCAAAUGUGAGAAAGAUGGUGACAUGGAAGACAUUGAUUCAGAGGAGUUUGGUGAAAGAGUGUUGGAGAAGCUGUGUUACAUGAUUAAGAUAGCAACAGAAAUGUUUGAUGUGAUGGAUGAGGAAGAACAGAAGAGCGAUAAGAGUCCACGAGACAUGUUAACUGAAUCAUACUCAAACAAUAAAUCACCCUAUCGUCAAUCUCCAGACACCCCAACUUCAGUACUUCCAGACUUUAUCCACAAUUCCCCAAAAAAUGGGGAUAUUGCAGACUUUUCUUAUUCACCACCUCUUCUCAUGCCUCUCAGGAUUCAGGCUGUUGGGAAAUUGAAACCCAUUGAUGUAAAGCGACUUGCAUUCCACAGUUUCUCUUAUGCAUCACCAUCUCGAGCUUCAUCUCGAGCUUCCAGUCCUGAGAGUCAAAGUAGCGGGAUAUUGGAUGAACCUAUGUCAGAGGCCCAAGAAGAAAAGAGUGAUUUAAAAGAAAAACCAGAUUCAGAGAGAAAAAAUGACAUCAGAGAAGACAAUGCUGCAACUGUUACUCGAGAGAUUAUAAUGAAUGAUUCAGAUCAGAUGGCCAGAAAUGAGGAUGGGAGUGUAUCCAGUUGGGAAUCUCCCAAAAGGAGAGGGCCCUCUGUUCUAGUUUCAUCACUUACAGCAAAUGGACUCCAGCUACAGUCACCACCCCAAAAAUCAACCACACUGCCACCAAAUGUCUCAUCAGCACCACCACCACCUCCACCACCUCCACCACCAAUGUUUCUGGAAAAUAUAACCACAACCCCACCCGUACGACUCAAGUUUCUGCCUAAUGCAUCCCCAGCAGUAGCUCCACUGACACCACCACCGAUACUGCCUCCAAAUGCUACAGAAACCUCAACAUCAGUAUCCAAUGUUCUGCCAAAGCCACCGGCACUACUACCACCAUCAGGAGCAGUAGCAACACCACCUUCGCCACCGCCACCACCAUUAACACCGGCUUCAAAAGCUAUAGCAAACUCACCAUCAGUGCCCAAUUCUCUGCCAAAUGUAUUAAUACCACCCCCACCACUACUACCACCAUCAGGAGCAGUAGCAACACCACCUCUUCCACUACCACCAGGAGCACCACCUCCUCCACCUCCACCUCCACCUCCAACACCAGGAGCAACAGCACCCCCACCCCCACCUCCACCUCCAAGAGCAACAGCACCACCACCACCACCACUACCACCAGGAGCAACACCACCAUCACCUCCACCACCAGGAGCAACAACAGCACCACCUCCACCAGGAGCAGCUAUCCCACCCCCACCACCCAUACUUCCAUCAAAUGGAUCAGUGCCACCACCUCCCAUGCCACUUGGAAAAGGAGCAGCUCCUCCACCACCCCCUGGACUUGGUGCAGCAAAAGCACUGCGUCCCAAGAAAGCAAAUACCAAAUUGAAGAGAUCAACCCACAUGGGUAACCUGUAUCGAGUGCUCAAAGGAAAGGUUGAAGGAUCUAAUGUUGAUGGCAAAUCAUCUAAUGGGAAGAAGAGUCAGAUUGGGGCCUCCGGGGGUGGAGGUGGGGGUGGAAAGAGCAUGGCUGAUGCAUUAGCAGAGAUGACAAAAAGAUCAUCCUACUUCCUACAAAUUGAAGAAGACAUCAAGAAUUAUGCAAAAUCAAUAAAUGAAGUUAAAAAAGCCCUUAAUUCUUUUCAAACAAAGGAUAUGGCUGAGAUGCUUAAAUUCCACAAACAAGUCGAACAACAACUUGAGAAGCUGACAGAUGAAUCCCAGGUACUAUCAAGAUUUGAAGACUUCCCAACAAAGAAGCUGGAAGCAUUAAGGUUGGCAGCAACAUUGUACUUAAAGCUGAAUGAAAUAGCCACUAACCUAGAGAGCUGGAAGAUAGCGGCUCCUGUGGGUCAGCUUCUUGAAAAAUUUGAGAUCUACUUCAAUAAGAUCAAGGUAGAAUUGGAUGCACUGGAACGAACCAAAGAUGAAGAAGCUAAAAAAUUGCAAAGUUACAAUAUCCAUUUUGACUUUCAAAUCUUGGUGCGAAUCAAAGAAUUGAUGGUCGAUGUCUCAUCAAAUUGCAUGGAGUUGGCACUGAAGGAAAAAAGAGAAGCAAAGGCAGCAUGUGCAGUCCAAGAAAAAACUGGAUCUAAGGCUGAAAACCGAUCGAAGGCAUGCAUAAAGAUGCUUUGGAGGGCUUUUCAGUUGGCCUUUAGGGUCUAUUCCUUUGCUGGUGGACAGGAUGAUAGGGCUGACAUGUUGUCCAAGGAACUGGCUCAUGAAAUACAGACCCAUCCUCAUCACUACUGAUAUAAUAUCAUCCCGGUAAUAUGCGAGAUCAGAACUAUUUCAAGUGCAGUGGAUAGUUCCUCAUUUUUUUUCGCAAGUUUACAAAGAGGAUCAAUGAGCAAGUCUGCAUGUGAGUUUAUGAUCUUAAUAAACCAAAUAGAUAGAAACACAAAUAUAUAAGUUAAGCUCUUACUCCACUCCACUGUGCUAGGCUGAUGUCUUUUGUCAAUUGUCUAAUUAUAACCGAAUCUUGAGUGAUUCCAUGGUCAUGGAUUAGAAACAUUUCUUUAUGCGGCUUGUGAGUGAAAACGAUGUGAGAGUUUUUUUUUUUCCCUAUUUUUGAGUUUCAUUCUCACUUAAAGCGUGAAAAAACAAAAAAAUUACUGUAUGAAAGAUAUUGUCAAGUCUGAUUUAUUUGGGAUA